AAAUGUACCAGCGCAGCUGUCAGAUUCUUCGCAGAUUUACAGGCCUAUAAUUGGUGUGCAGCAGUAGGAUGAAGCCCUGAAGAAGUGAAGAGUGAACCGAACUCCUCCUCCUCCUCCCUCCUUCUGUAAGGCGUUUCAUUCUGCUGUGCGCUCUGAGCGGACGCGCCACCGUGCCACUGUCCGCCACUUCAACUCACCCGAGCCUGUUUUUAUAUUUCAUCUGCAAUCAUAUCACUCCUUCUGUUCUGUGAGUCCCUCAACCUCAGUUUGCACGGUUAACGUGCAGUAACAUCAGGAUCAAUGGCGCUUAAUGGAUAUAUAUUGACCGCUCUGUGCGCACUUUGGGGAGGGAUCAUCGCUCAGGAUGUCCAACUAACCUCAUUCAGAGAGUGUCCUGUGGACUUGUUCUUUGUGUUGGACACGUCUGAAAGUGUGGCCCUCAGAGCCAAACCUCCAGAGUUUUACAUCAACCAGAUCAAGACCUUCACAAAGCUGUUCAUUGAUCAGCUAAUAAACCUACCACAGCCAUGUGAUCGCAAUGUGACGUGGAAUUCUGGAGCUCUGCAUUACAGUGACGACACUGAGCUGGUGAUGGGACUAGUUGACCUGAACACAAGGCGUUUCGACCUAAAGGCGGCCAUAGACAAAAUCAAAUACAUUGGAAAAGGAACAUACACCGACUGUGCCAUCAAGGAGGGUAUCUCUGAGCUGCUCCGGACGGGCUCCCAUUAUCAUGAGAAUAAGUACAUAGUGGUGGUCACGGAUGGUCACCCUGUGACCGGCUACAAGGAGCCAUGUGGUGGGAUCCAAGAGGCUGCCAAUGAGGCACGACAACAUGCUAUCAAAGUGUUCGCUGUGGCCAUCUCACCUGACCAGGAGGACACCAGACUCUCUGUCAUUGCCACAGAUGUGAACUACAGACAGAACUUCACCGCUGCAGACAACUCCCGCUCCUCGCAAAUGAGCACUAUAAGCACCAUCAUCGACCUGAUCAAUAAAAAAAAUGCUGGUUUCAAGGCGGCCAUAGACAAAAUCAAAUACAUUGGAAAAGGAACAUACACCGACUGUGCCAUCAAGGAGGGUAUCUCUGAGCUGCUCCGGACGGGCUCCCAUUAUCAUGAGAAUAAGUACAUAGUGGUGGUCACGGAUGGUCACCCUGUGACCGGCUACAAGGAGCCAUGUGGUGGGAUCCAAGAGGCUGCCAAUGAGGCACGACAACAUGCUAUCAAAGUGUUCGCUGUGGCCAUCUCACCUGACCAGGAGGACACCAGACUCUCUGUCAUUGCCACAGAUGUGAACUACAGACAGAACUUCACCGCUGCAGACAACUCCCGCUCCUCGCAAAUGAGCACUAUAAGCACCAUCAUCGACCUGAUCGUGAGUGUCGUAACACAAACUCACCACAGCAAUGAUGUUUGUGUGGUUUUCCUGUGGAUUUAUGGGGGCUCCCAUUAUCAUGAGAAUAAGUACAUAGUGGUGGUCACGGAUGGUCACCCUGUGACCGGCUACAAGGAGCCAUGUGGUGGGAUCCAAGAGGCUGCCAAUGAGGCACGACAACAUGCUAUCAAAGUGUUCGCUGUGGCCAUCUCACCUGACCAGGAGGACACCAGACUCUCUGUCAUUGCCACAGAUGUGAACUACAGACAGAACUUCACCGCUGCAGACAACUCCCGCUCCUCGCAAAUGAGCACUAUAAGCACCAUCAUCGACCUGAUCACAAACGAAACAAAGGAUGUGUGCUGCUCCUUUGACUGCAACGCUCCUGGAGGCCCUCUGGGACUCCCCGGUGAUCCAGGACAAAGAGGAGAGGCUGGAAGACCAGGCAUGCCAGGAGAGAAAGGAGAUGUUGGUGCUCCGGGAAAUGUUGGUGAUCCCGGUCCUAUCGGUUACCAAGGAAUGAAGGGAGACCAAGGAAUAAGAGGCGAUAAGGGAGAGAGAGGUCAUAAAGGCUUCAAGGGAGACAAAGGUCAACAUGGUCUUGAUGGUGUUGAUGGACGUAAGGGUGAGGCGGGAUUCAGUGGCCUUCCAGGCUGCAAAGGGUCACCGGGGCCAGAUGGCUUGCAAGGAGAACUAGGUCCUAAAGGAGACCCCGGCCAAUAUGGACCCAAAGGAGAAAGAGGAGAUCCUGGCAAAGACGGUGAGCCAGGAAGAUCUGGAAACUAUGGGUCUUCAGGGCCGAAGGGAGACAGGGGUCCUCGUGGAGCCAAUGGCGAUAAAGGCGAGCGAGGAGAUGACGGACUACAAGGACCAGAUGGCACAAGAGGAGACGGAGGCACAUCUGGUGAGAAAGGUGAACAAGGUUCCCGUGGUAACAGAGGGCCCAGAGGCGAACCUGGUGAACCUGGGCCCCGGGGUGAACAAGGACGUGAGGGGUCAGCAGGACCAAACGGAGAUCCGGGUGAGCUAGGAAGGGCGGGGUCCCCAGGUUACCGUGGUGAUGAAGGUGCUACUGGGCCAGAGGGAGCUAAAGGGCCCAGAGGAAUCAAAGGGGCCCCAGGAGACAGAGGCCUGAUGGGAGAGAGGGGUGAAGAUGGACCACCAGGAAAUGGAACAGUGGGCUGCCAUGGUUUUCAGGGUUAUCCUGGGCCCAGGGGAGAUCAAGGAGCACCUGGUGGAAAAGGAACCCCUGGACCCAAGGGAGAUGAUGGAGAGCCAGGUGACCCUGGAUCAGAUAAUAACAGACCAGGACUACCUGGGCCUAAAGGAGCCAAAGGUCACAGAGGAUCUGAAGGAAGUUCUGGACCACCAGGACCACCUGGGCCGCAAGGAGCUGAUGUGAGUGAGUUAAAAUCUUGCUGUGAAUGCAAAUGUGGACCCCUGGACAUUGCCUUCAUUGUGGACAGCUCUGAGAGUAUUGGAGCUUCUAACUUUGCCAUCGCUAAAGACUUCAUUGUGACGGUAAUGGACAGGCUCAAGUUAAGACAGUUUGGUGCCAAUGAGUCUCGUAUUGGCGUGGUGCAGUACAGCGGUGCCAAUGCUCAGGAGGUCGUACAGCUUGGUGACCCCAACAUUAAGACCUUGACAGACCUAAAACAAGCUGUGAAAGACUUGCGCUGGCUGGCUGAAGCCACAUACACUGGAGAAGCUCUGCAGUACUCACUAAACAACCUGAUUAACAAGCUUUUGACGGAGAGGAGUGUGGUCAUUGUCCUUACUGAUGGACGCUCUGACACCAAAAGAGACACUGUGCCCCUAAACGUGCUGUGCGGCAAGGGACUGAAGGUUGGUGGCGUUGGAGUGACGGAUUAUGCAGAAAGGAAGCCCAAUCCAGAACAGCUUCUGGAGGUUGUGUGUAAAGAUGAUCCCAGAGAAGGCUUCUCCUUUGUCUUAAACAACUUUGGUCUUCUUCUGGAUGACAGUUUCCUGCAAAACCUGACUGAGAGGAUCUGUGAAGACAAGAAGUGUCCCACCUAUACUUGUCCAAUUUCAUUUAAUGACAGCACCGAUGUCCUCAUCAUGAUGGACAGCUCGGCAAGCGUGGGCUCCAAGAAUUUCGAGAUGACCAAGGAGUUCACACAAAUGCUGGCUAAGCGCUUUUUGUUAGCAGAAAGUGGAGGCUUCCAGGUCCGGGUUGGCGUUGGCCAGUACAGCAACAAUGCCAACUUGGAGGCCGAAUUUUCCUCAGACACCACCCAGGUGGGCGCUCAAAUCACAGAGGCAAAGUUCCAGAAUGCAGGUACACAGGUAACAAACGCUCUCAACUUCGCCAUUGAGCGCUUCAGGGGCGGCAGGACGAGGAAGAAGAAGCUGCUGGUGUUUUCGGAUGGUCGUUCCCAAGGCGUCAAUAACAUCCAGAUUGAAAAAUCCAUGGAGCAGGUGAGCAACGCAGGCAUUGAGCUGUACGUGCUGGCCGUGGGCAACCAGGUAAACGAGGUGCACCUGCGCACCUUGGUGAGCCGAGGACGGCCCUAUGAUAAUAUAUACGCCAACCGCCACCUUUUCAAAGUACCCGACUACCGCUCAUUGGUCACUGGGGUCUUUUACCAAACUGUAUCCCGCAAGAUUUCCUUGGAGUCAAGAGGGUGAUUGGAUAGUGGGAGGGGUUCAGGAAUAAAGGGGGUGGUGGCAGUAUAGCACAAGCUUUGAUUGUUUUUGUUUUUUGUCUGUUUUUCAUGUGAAUGAUAUAUCUGAACUUCAAAGGUUUUUUCAUAGACUCUUACAUUUCAUAAAAGACAGUAAAUGAUUGUGUCAGAAUUCUUAAAAAAAUAUUUUUGUCACUUAUUUUUUUGUAAGUAAAGGGAUUAAUCAAGUCGUUUCACAGAUUAUGCCAAUAUUGGAGUAGGUUCUAGAGCUUUGACUAUAUUACUGUAUUAAGUUGUCCAUGACUACCAGCAAUUAGCAUUAAAUAAUAUAUCCACUGUUGAGGGCACGAAAAAAUCUUUUUUUCAUUGGUAAGGAGCUGAAAUCUCUUUGAUGUCAUCUCUCUUUGAUGAUACAGACUUAGACUCUUUAAAAUGCAUUUAAAAAACAAUCUUGCAACCAGGGUCCAAAAUGAACACAUUCUUAUCAAUCUAU